UUAUUAUUAAAUAUCAGCUAAAUCCUUCAUUUUCUAUCAAAAUCCUCCACAUUUCUCUGCUCUAUUCUUCUUCAAUCUUCUCCUUUUGAUCAAAAGAUACAAUCAACUCCUCACCGGCCACAUAAACUAGAAUGGGUUCUGAAGUCGUGAUCGUUGAUGAAAUCCCUUUUCCUAAAGAGAUCACGAUCACCAAGCCAUUAGCUCUUCUGGGUCAUGGUAUCACAGACAUUGAGGUACACUUUCUUCAAAUCAAAUUCACGGCCAUCGGAGUCUACUUGGACUCCGUGGUUGUGAAUCAUUUAGAGCAGUGGAAGGGCAAGACGGGAAAUGAGCUCGCGAAAGACGAUGACUUCUUUACAGCUCUCAUUUCAGCUCCUGUGGAGAAGUUGGUAAGAAUUGUGGUGAUCAAGGAGAUCAAAGGCGCGCAAUAUGGAGUUCAGAUCGAGAGCGCUUUGAGGGACCGAUUGGCGGCAGAUGACAAGUAUGAGGAAGAGGAGGAAGAGGCUUUGGAGAAAAUCGUUGACUUUUUCCAGUCCAAAUAUCUCAAGAAACAGUCUGUCAUCACUUACCAUUUCCCAGCAACUUCAACUACUGCUGAGAUUGUAGUCACAACGGAGGGGAAGGAAGAGUCGAAGUAUAUAGUGGAGAAUGCAAAUGUAGUGGAGACGAUCAAGAAGUGGCUUCUUGGUGGGACUUCAGCAUUGUCUGAGGCAACCAUUUCAAACUUAGCUGAUACCCUCUCUGCCAAGUUAUCUUAAUUAGCUUUUCUUUUCUAUUGUUUAAUGAUUGUGGAAUUUGUUGCUCGAGAUCUGUUCUGUUCUGUAUUGGUUAUUUUCAAAGAUUUGCCUAUAUAAUAAACUGAAUGAGAGUAAUGAGGGCCAAAUGGCGACUCUUGGAAUCUUUAUAGGUGAUGAUAUCUCUCUUUCCUUGUUUC